AAGUAGUCAUCGAUCUAAACGCACACAUUUUCAAAUCCUCCCAUUUGACAGCAGCUGUUGGGGCAACUGCCGUCCGGGUUUGGUAUUGUGGCGGAUUAACAAGAAAAUGUUUCAUAAAUAGUCGUGCUCGUUUUUGUGAUUGUCCCGAUUUUACAGCUUUUGCGUGUAUUUUUCUUAGUGUAUUUACCCCUGCAUCUGUUUUCCCGUGCCGUAACGAGUGUGCCACGAUGAAUUCUCGCAUUGCAACACCAAAACAUCGGUUUGGUCCAGCAGCAACAGCUGCUACCGGCGGUGGAACUUCGUCACCGACGAAAGCGUCCACUCCACGAUCGCGUCCGGCAAGCUCGAAAUUGGCUACCUGUUUGCUCACAAGGCGUACCCACUUGAAUACAUCGAGCUCGGAAUCAUUACCGACCACACCGGUCCGAACGCCCAAAAGCGGUUCCGUGCGUCCUCCUAGCUUUGGCAAUGGGCUAGAAAUGAAAUCCAAAUCGUCCACUUCGCUUGACACAAACAGUUGCCACACACCAUCGUCCACGUACCGAGCACCGCCGGUAUCGUCUAAAAGUGUUUCCAAAGACUUCGGUACACCGCGCAACGGAUUGAAGCGUGCCGUAGCCCGCGAGAAUUUGCUGAGCGCAAGGACACCGGAAUGUUUUUCACGCACCUCACUGGACGGUCCCCAAGCGUUCGGAGGGAGACAUCGUACCAGCCAAACAAAGCUCGAUGAAACGCAACGCAGCGUAAAGGAAAAGGACAAAGAUGGCACGGGAAGUGAAAUAAGCAAUCUGAAGGUAGCGGUACGCAUUCGGCCCCUAUCGGCGAAGGAAUGCAUCGAAUCGGUGGCGAAUAUUGUCCGGGUAGAGAAUAACGAGCUGUACAUAAAUGGGGGAAACACGGCCGAUAAUCUUGCCGGAGUCGAGCACUACUUUCUGUACGAUCAUGUGUUUUGGUCGUGUAACGCGGAGGAUCCUGCUUACGUGAGUCAGGCGGGUGUGUACAACGACCUUGUCCAUCCACUGCUCGAUAAGGCGUUCGAAGGGUACAACACCUGCCUGUUCGCGUACGGUCAAACGGGAUCCGGCAAGAGCUACAGCAUGAUGGGAAUGGAUCUGGAUGAGAAUUACGAUGUAGCUCCGAACCCGGACGCUGGCAUUAUACCACGCUUUUGUCACGAGCUGUUCGCUCGGAUUAAUGCGCUGAAGGGCCAGGUGCAUGCGGAGGUGGAAGUGAGCUAUUUUGAAAUUUACAACGAGAAAAUACAUGACCUACUGUCCGUUACGCCGACGGAUGGCGUGAUCACCCUAUCGACCCCUGGCCAAGGAUCUAAGCGACCGGCGCUGAAGGUCCGCGAACACCCUCUGUACGGUCCGUACGUGGUUGAUCUAUGCAAGCAUCCGGUAGACUCCCACACUGCCUUACGGAAUUGGCUGGCGGUUGGAAACAGCCAGCGAGCGACAGCGGCCACCGGCAUGAACGAUAAAAGUUCCCGAUCACAUUCGAUCUUUUCGGUUGUGCUGAAGCUGGUCGAAAUUGUGCACAGCAGCGAUACGGACGAUGCGACCGACCGCCCCGGUAGUACGUCGGUGAAGCAGACGAAGCAAAGCAAAAUUAGUCUGGUCGAUUUGGCCGGUUCCGAGCGUGUGAGCCAAACGUGUGCGAGUGGUGCACGGUUGAAGGAAGGCGUUAGCAUCAACAAGAGUCUGCUGACGCUUGGGAAAGUCAUAGCGGCACUAGCAGACCCGAAGAAAAGUGCGAAUGCCUACAUCCCGUACCGUGAUUCGGUGCUUACAUGGCUGCUGAGGGAAAAUCUUGGCGGCAAUUCGCGCACAGUAAUGUUGGCCACCAUUUCCCCGGCCAGCAUUCAUCUGGACGAAACGCUUGCCACGCUUCGGUACGCCUGCCAGGCACGUAGCAUCGUUAACCGCGUGAAGGUGAACGAACAUCCGCACGAUCGUAUUAUCCGGGAGUUGCGAGCGGAGGUCGAGCGUCUGCAGGUCCUGCGGCAGGAUUACGAGCGUCAAAAGCGUUUGUCCGAAGCGCACCAACAUCAUCAUCCACCGCGUAAAAUCAUCAUCGAAACUUCCGUUGACGAUGGUGAGGUUGAGGCACUGCGCCAACAGCUGGCCGAAACCGAGCAGGAGCUUACCAAUGCUCAAAGGUCCUGGCGUGAACGGUUGCAGGAAGCGGAAGAUGUCCGACGAACGGAGAUGAAGCUGCUGAAGCGCAAAGGGCUGGCGUUGGAGUUGUCGGCCGAGCAGAAGGAACCGUGUCUGGUGAACCUGGCUGCCGAUCCAAUGCUGUCUGGGACGCUGCUGUACAUCAUUCCACCGGGGACGGUACGGAUUGGACGACCGUCCUCCCUGUCGGCGCCAGAUAUUGUGCUGGAGGGUCCUCUCGUGUCGCCCAAUCAUUGCUCGAUAGAAAACAAAAAUGGAAAGCUAUUUCUAUUGCCGGAAACCAACACGGAGUAUGAAACGUUCGUUAAUGGUGAACUGAUCCAGGAUCGUCGUCAGUUGUUCCAUGGCGAUCGUCUGGUGAUCGGAGGCUCACACUAUUUCCGCAUCUCGAAUCCGCUGUGUCCGAACAAAAAAUCUGCUCAGAUUAUGGUAGAUUUCCAGCUGGCUCAUCAGGAAAUUUUGCACGAACAGGAGAACCGACUACGCCGUGAACUGGACGCCGAAAAGCAGGCAGCCAUUGCGCGUAUCGAAGCCGAACGGAUGGCCCAUGAGCAGGAGUACGAGGAGCGCCUGGCUUGUCUUGAGUUGGAGAAAUUCAAGUACAAAUGUCGCAAGGAACUGCUUGAAACGGAACAGGAAGCAUUGCUACAAUCAACCGGUAAGCGGGACAAGUCCGAUGGUGCAAAGGAGCGUCCCUCACUCGUUCGCGAUUCGCUCGAUUGUGCUGCAACCACCGUGCAAUCAAACUUGGCCGAAGAGAUUCGCCGAAUAAUGGAGCACACGAGCGAGGAAAGCCUAGCACACAUACAGAUGAUGGUAAAGGAAGCUAGUCAGCGAUGCCGUACCGUUGGUUUGGACUACGAGUUCAAGCAAACGCAGGUGUGGCAAGAUGAAGGCAUUUUCCGGGCCAUGAUCAACAUCGUCGAUCGCGCCAAUGGGCGUGUGGCUGAGUGGUUACCGGCCAGGCUAGAAUUCUGGCUGGGUGUGGUGCGCGAACGGGACGAUCUAACGGCCGACAACAUGUUCGAACAUUUCGAUCUCACGUGGAACGAAGCGGCGGAUCAAUCGGCGAACGAAUCGCUUCUAAACGAGUCACACAAUUCAAGCAGCAUUUCGUUGAAUCUUGGCUCGGUGAAGGAAGCCAUCCGUGGACGGCACAGUAUCGCUUCCGGUUCCGGUAGCCCGAGCGGCGGUGGAAGCACCCGCAAAUCGCAAGGACUUUUUAAAUCCAUUUUCUCGCGAUCGGGACUAACGCAGCCGACUAAUAACACCAACGAUGAUCGCAGCUGUACAGCCAGUGCAAGAAAAGCGCUCUUUCUCGACUCGGAAGCCAACGAUGAGAAUGUCCCCAUCAACCAUCAACAGCCAUCACCAGCGAAAAGUGCUGCCCUGCAACGCUUCGAUCAAAAAGCGGCCAACUAUCUUAGGGACCUGUGCGUGGCGACACUGAAGCUUCGGAAGCUGUGUGAAAAGCAUCAAGAAUGCGACGCACCAACUGCCACUCCUGAUGCGCAAGGUAAGCAGAAUAGGAACGAUUCGGAGGAAAAGUUGGCCGCCCGCUGCCUUGCGUCGGUGGCCGAUAUCGAGCGUACCUUGCAAAGCAUUCGGUCGGUACUGGCUGACCACAGCAUCAAGGAGGCGACGCUCAAUGCAAUGGAGGAUGAUUUCGGCCGAACGCCCAAAUCGGUACGGUUUCUGUUGGACUAACGUAUGGGUGACGAACUAUUCUUGCCUUCCCCAUUGUUUAGCGGAAUGGGGGAAAUUGAUAAAUCUAUAGUGUAUUUAUAACAUCGUUUUGUUCUUUUACCAACCUUCCAAAGUUCUUUAAAUUGUGCGGUAGUGGUUAUUUGAUAUCAAGUAUAGUUUGAUAUUUUAUAUUUUACGUGUUUACAUUCCCCUUUUUUGCCCUAUUUGCAAUAAACACAGCAUUAAGCAAGAUAA